AUGUCACAAUCAGCUAGUCUAUCUAGUACUUUCAACUCAGUACUAGACUUAAAAUCAACAAUAUCAUCAGCGGAUCAAAAAGGAUGGGUUAUACAAAAAUUUGGAGGUACAUCAGUUGGUAAAUUUUCAGAAGAAAUAGUUGAUAAUAUAGUUAAAGAAUUUCAAAAACUGAAUAGAGUAGCUGUUGUAUGUUCUGCAAGAUCAUCAAAUACCAAGAGUGAAGGUACAACCUCAAGAUUAAUUCGACUGGCGGAUUUAGCUUCAGAUAAUUCAGAUUUCAAUUCACUAUUGGAUGUUAUAGAAGAAGAUCAUAUCAAAAAUUGUGGUUCAAAAAUAAAGUCUGACGUUAUAAGGAAGCAAUUAGUGGAAGAUAUCAAAAAUGAAAUGAAGCACGGAAAAGAAUUAUUACAUGCUUGUCAAAUUAUUGGGGAAAUAAGUCCAAGAUCACUAGAUUCAAUAAUGUCAAUUGGUGAAAAAUUAUCUUGUAUAUAUAUGACAUCAUUAAUGAAAGAUCAUGAACUUAACGCAGUUUAUAUAGAUUUAUCAGAUUUAAUUCCAAUAAGUUAUGAUUUUAAUAAUGGAUUUGAUGAUUCAUUUUAUAAAUUUUUAUCAAGAGAAAUUGGAAGUAGAAUCCAAGAAGCUACUCAAGGAGAUGAUACUAUAAUACCCGUAAUUACUGGAUAUUUUGGUGUUGUACCUGGUGGAUUGUUAAAUGGAGUUGGUAGAGGUUAUACUGAUUUAUGUGCUGCAUUAGCUGCAGUUGGAAUGGGAGCUGAUGAAUUACAGAUUUGGAAAGAAGUUGAUGGUAUAUUUACAGCUGAUCCAAGAAAAGUUCCAAAUGCAAGAUUACUAGAUAGUGUUACUCCAGAAGAAGCAGCAGAAUUAACCUAUUACGGUAGUGAAGUUAUUCAUCCAUUUACAAUGGAACAAGUUAUAAAAGCCAAGAUUCCAAUAAGAAUUAAAAAUGUUGAAAAUCCUCAAGGUAAAGGUACUAUUAUAUAUCCUGAUAAUAUAGCAAGAAGAGGAGAAGAUACACCACCACAUCCACCAGCAGCUUAUGAAACAUUACCAAUAAGUUAUAUAACUUCACAUAAAAAAAGAUCGGCUACUGCUAUUACUGCAAAACAAGAUAUAGUAGUUAUUAACAUACAUUCAAACAAGAAAACCUUGAGUCAUGGGUUUUUGGCUCAUAUUUUCACAACUUUGGAUAAAUAUAAAUUAGUGGUUGAUUUAAUAUCAACCUCAGAAGUUCAUGUAUCAAUGGCAUUACUGGUUCAACCAGAUCAAGAACUACAAUUAAAACAUGCAUUAACAGAAUUAUCUAAAAUGGGAACAGUUGACGUUACUAAAAAGAUGACAAUUGUUUCAUUGGUGGGAAAACAAAUGGUAAAUUUUAUAGGUAUUGCAGGUAAUAUGUUUAAAGUAUUAGCUGAUGAAAGAAUUAAUAUAGAGAUGAUAAGUCAAGGAGCUAAUGAAAUUAAUAUAAGUGCAGUUAUAAAUGAAAAAGACACUAUAAGAGCAUUACAGUCCAUACAUGCGAAAUUAUUAGAAGGUAAUCAAUUUUAUGAUCAUGAGUCAGCAGUUGAUUCUAGAUUAGAAGCAUUAAGAGUACAAAGUUAG